AUGCUCGCCUGGAGGGCAAUAGUGCGUCGGCCAGCCACUCUCAUCCGACAAGGACCCCAGAUACCGAGACGUUCAUUGCACUCAUCACUGCCCAGACCACAAUUAUAUCAACAAAGAGGAGGGAGUUUGCUCGCCAAACUUCGGUUUAGAGCAGAUGGAAAGCCCAGGUCUCGGUUAAUGGGUGCCACCAUCGGCACCCUCGUUUUAUUCAAUAUAUUGACGCUGGCUACGAUGUAUGACCUUGUUGAAGAGGGUGAAAUUACACUUGGACUUUUGGUCAACGUCAUAUAUCUCCAGCGAGCGGAUAUGUCCUACAGUAAUAUCAACCUGGAGGAUUCCGCAGAGACUCUGAUAUACUUCAAGAAGCUUUACCAAGCAUUUGCUCGUAUCCCUCAGGAGGAAGUCGACGAUUUGUUCAAGGAUUUGUCUCGUAUGAUCAAGGCAGGCGAGACGGAAGUCGAAGCUCAUCGGAUUAUGCGUACCGCAGCGGAACAAAUCCACCUUGCAUUUCAAGAUCUUGACCAUGAUUCCAUCGCGAGUACAUCAAAUUACAUCUUUGACAUUAUGCGGGAGGCCUUGGAAAACCUUAUCGAUUUGAUUCCGGAAAACGUGGAUGACGAGAGCGACUCGAAAUAUACCUUCCAGCUUAUCCGUGAUCACUCGAAAAAGGAUGCAGGAGCAGUUCUCAAGGAUUAUGAAUCUUUGGGUUGA